GGAGCUCGCCGCAUCUCCGAUCAGUGGAGGGGCUGGAGGGGCUCGUCCAAUGUGGAUCGCACACAUUUGCUGAGCUUCGUACCUCAAGCUGCGCAAAAGCUUUCCCUAUAUAAACAAGGCCGAUACCUCCGAGAUCAAUUGAUGCUCGGAAGCUUCUGAUCAUACUGUACCCCGCCACUAUGGAUGCCUCUCUUCCCACGAAUCUUCCUCCGCAGGAGGAGGCAAAGUACAUUGAGUUUCCUUCUCUUCCGGCAGAUGCAAAGCACGCCGAUGGUACUCCUGCGCUGAAUCGGUAUUCUACGCAUAUUACCCGGGGCCAUGACUUCCCUGGGGCAAAGGCCAUGCUCUACGCCGCCGGCGUUCCUGACAAGGAAGCUAUGGCAAAGAGUCCGCAUGUCGGUAUCGCCUCUGUAUGGUGGGAAGGAAACCCUUGCAAUAUGCAUCUCAUGGAUCUCGCCAAAACUGCGAAGAAGGCGAUUUCAGACCAGGGCAUGAUUGGGUGGCAGUAUAACACCAUUGGGGUUUCAGACGCUAUUUCCAUGGGUAGCGAAGGUAUGCGAUUUUCACUCCAAUCGCGUGAGAUUAUCGCCGAUAGCGUCGAGACCGUGACUUGCGCACAAUAUCAUGACGCCUGUAUUGCUAUUCCGGGCUGUGAUAAGAACAUGCCGGGUGUGGUUAUGGGCAUGGCCAGACAUAACCGCCCUUCCCUCAUGAUCUACGGCGGAACGAUACAGAAGGGUUAUUCUGACCUGCUCCGAAAGCAUGUCAGCGUCUCAACUUGCUUCGAAGCCGCUGGGGCGUACGCAUAUGAUACCUUGCGCCAGCCAAACGACGGAGGAGACACUAGCAAGACCAAGGAUGAAAUCAUGGACGAUCUUGAGAAGCACGCCUGCCCGAGUGCAGGUGCAUGUGGUGGCAUGUUCACCGCGAAUACCAUGGCGACUGCUAUCGAGUCUAUGGGUCUAUCCCUGCCUGGAUCAUCAUCAACACCUGCUUCGUCGCCGUCAAAGAUGCGGGAGUGUGUCAAGGCAGCUGAGGCAAUCAAAACCUGUCUGGAGAAGAAUAUCCGCCCUCGAGACCUACUCACCAAGGAGUCGUUCGAGAACGCUCUUGUCAUGACCAUGGCGCUUGGAGGAAGCACCAACGGUGUGCUCCACUUCCUUGCAAUGGCACGGACGGCAGGAGUAGAUCUGACUUUGGAUGAUAUCCAAAGAGUCAGCAAUAAAAUCCCCUUUAUUGCCGACCUUUCCCCGAGUGGUCGCUACUAUAUGGCGGAUCUGUACGAGAUUGGGGGUAUUCCAUCCGUUCAAAAGCUGUUGAUUGCAGCCGGUCUUCUCAAUGGUGAUAUUCCUACUAUUACUGGUCAAACGCUCGCCGAGAAUGUGGCAUCGCACCCUUCAUUGCCGGAUGACCAGGUUAUCAUCCGACCGUUGGAUAACCCAAUCAAGUCGACGGGUCAUCUCCAGAUCCUCAGAGGAAACCUUGCUCCAGGUGGCGCAGUGGCCAAGAUUACUGGUAAGGAAGGAACAAGUUUCACUGGCAAGGCACGUGUCUUCGAUAAGGAGUACCAACUCAACGAUGCCUUGACCCAGGGCCUGAUCCCUCGCGGAGAGAACUUGGUCCUUAUUGUCCGCUACGAAGGACCCAAAGGAGGACCAGGAAUGCCUGAACAACUGAAAGCCAGUGCGGCUUUGAUGGGUGCCAAACUCACCAAUGUGGCAUUGAUCACUGACGGCCGGUAUUCUGGCGCCAGUCAUGGAUUCAUCGUGGGCCAUGUUGUGCCUGAAGCGGCAGUGGGAGGUCCUAUUGCAGUCGUCCGUGACGGAGACAUGGUCACAAUCAGUGCGGAAACAAACGAGCUAAGCAUGAAUGUCUCGGACGAGGAGAUUCAACGGCGGUUGAAGGAGUGGAAGCCUCCAGCCCCCAAUGUAACACGUGGUGUGCUGGCGAAGUACGCACGACUAGUAGGGGACGCAUCUCACGGGGCGAUGACAGAUUUGUUUUGAAGAGAUUUGAUUGGCAUAAGAAGCAUUUCGGGCAGAUUUACAAAAUAUCAGUAUUGUUCAAGUAGCAAUCAUGUGCUUCUUUUGCCAGCAGUCAUUGGCAGGUUAUAUUUUACCGGGAAAGCUGGAGAAGUUUCAUGUCAACGGGGCAUCACUCUCUAGCAAUCAGAGAGUGAUCCAAGGUGAGAUUGUUUGAUCGAAUACUGGGUCCUGUUGGGUUCCACGACUGUUAAGCUCUUGCCUGGCAAAAGAACGGUGAAACUCCAACAAUAAUCAGGCCAAAAAAGCUCGGCAGCUAUACUUGAUAGCUUAUCUUCACGUGGAAAUUGAUCGAGAGCGAUGACG